AUGUCAGCAGAAAACGAAAUUCAAAGUGAGGGCCAUAUCUACGCCAACAGUGAACCUAUUGCUGAUCCCAUCUAUGAAAAUGUUGGGGAGACCAAUGGCAAGGCAGAGGAAGAUGUAUACGAGAACGUUGUAAAGGAAACGGGCGAUAAUCAGGAGAUCAGUGUCACCAUCAAAGCAGAUAUCAACACUUCGGAUGCCAAUGCCUCAGAGGUCGAGGCUUUGGAUGCUAAUGCUGCCGAGGUUGACACUUUGGAUAUCAACGCAGCGGAGGUUGAUGCUUCAGAUAUCAAUACUGCAGAGGUUGCCGCUUCAGACGUCAAUGCUGCAGAACUUGAUACUUCGAAUGUCAGUACUUCAGAGGUUGGCGCUUCAGACGUCAACACUUCGGAUGUCAACGUCAUAUAUGACACCCCUUCUUCAACUAAAAGACAGGAUGAUGACAAUGAUGAUGACGAUGUUGCCGUGGUCACUUCAGAAGAUGAUGGAGCCCCUUCCCCCCGUUACGAUGAUGACGUUGAGAUUGAUAAUGAGAAGGUACUGAAAUCUCCCUCCCGUAGUCGUAGCAACAGUGAGAAUCGGGAAAGUAUUAGCCCUGCUGAGAGACCUGCAAGCCCUACUCCGGAGAGUGAAGAGGAUCAACAGGGACGUGCCCUGAGCCCUACCGUGUCGGAUGAGGAAGCUGCCUCUGCCAAUAUGGGUUCUGAAGAUGAUCCCAACAGAAACAGCCAGAAUCUCAACCAGAGUCCUGUUCCGACACCCACCCCCCGGAAGAGGACAAGCCUCAGCAGAAGCAAGAGUCCAGAAUUAGAAAUUACCAAGGAACAUAGCCGUAGCCCCAGUAUUAGUUCUGAGGGGAGGAAUACACGUAGUCCAAGUCCUGAUGACAUGAUAAAUCAGGUAAUUUAUUUAUUCUAUUUUUGA